GGGGCGUGGUGUUGGGGCUUCGGGGCGGAAACGCGCUGGUCUAGGCUCCGGCCGCCGGGUUCGCGGGGCAGCGAGGGUCGCGGUGCGAGCGGACCGGCCGUCGUGUUCGUCUGGCGGACCUGGGAAGCGCAGGGCCUGGCGCCGGACGCGGCCUAGCGCCCACGGGAGUCUGAGUCUUGGCGACCCCGCGGGGUCCUCCCCGGUGCGGCGGAUGACUUCCCCGGCCUUCCUGGGCGCCCUGUGCCUGGCGCUGAGCUGCUUGGGCAGCGCGCGCGGGCUCGGGAGGAGUGAUGACCUUGAGUGGGGCAAGCUAAUCAUGGUUCACCACUGGCCUGCGACCGUGUGCCAGGAAGUUCGGGGCCACUGCAAAGACCCUCCGAAUUACUGGACGAUACACGGAUUAUGGCCCGAUAAAAGUGAAGCAUGUAACCGAUCCUGGCCCUUUAAUCCACAGGAGAUCAAGGACCUUUUGCCAGACAUGAAGAGGUACUGGCCCGAUCUUCUCCAUCCGUCCAACUGCAGCCUCCAGUUCUGGAGCCAUGAGUGGAAGAAGCACGGGACCUGUGCCGCCCAGCUGGAUGCCCUCAAUUCCCAGUGGAAGUACUUCAGCAAGAGCCUGGAUCUGUAUAAGGAGCUGGCCCUGAGCAGUGUGCUUCAAAAAUUGGGGAUAGAACCAUCUACCGAUCACUACUACCAGGUGUCAGACAUCAGAGAUGCGCUUGUCAGCGUGUACAAAGUCGUGCCCAAAGUCCAGUGUUUUCUGCUAGAGAAGGGCCAGGAGGUGCAGCUCCUCGGGCAGAUGGAGCUCUGCUUCUCCAAGGACCUACAGCUGCUCAACUGCACCCACGCCGGGGAGCCGGCGGCCCGCGGGCAGGGAGCCUGGCCGAGCCUGGGCCUGCAUGUCUGCGAGGAUGGCCCGGUCCUGUACCCGCCGCUCGACCAGACCAAACUCUGAUGCCGCGUUUCCCUGUUGCCCGGCGGCCGAGGGCACCUGCUUCUCCCUCUGCUCCUCUGCGUCUGGCUCUUCAGCGAAAGGGAAGGAGAGAACGUGACAGGUUUCACCUGUGCCCUGGCCGGCCCGACGCCUCCUCCGGCAGGUCACCGGCCUGACGCCUCCUCCGGCAGGGGCCUCACUGGGGCGAACCUCUGCCCCCUGGAGAGACAUUCAAAAGGUGGCUGUCGUUUCUUCUGACUCAUUUUGCAAAUACAUGGCUCAAGGCUAGGGUUUCUACUUCAUUAUUUCCGGAUGAGCUGGUAAAUUUAAAUAAAGCUUCAUAUUUGAGUUGAAUUUAUUUUAUAGCUUUGGAGAGUCAAGAAAAGCAGUGGUCUGCUGAUACUCUUCAGACACCAGUCUUUCUAAAAUCUGCCUGCGUGCUUUUUAAAUAGGCUAUAAUUUUUAACAUAAAAUAUGUUUAUUAUUA